UAACAUUUGCAUAUUCAUAUUCAUUCCAUCUCCUCUCACCCAUUUUAUUCGCCAUAUUUCUUUCUCCACCUUCCAUCUCCAUUCCACUACCCCUUAUUAUCAACAUUACAAAAAACAAAACCACACUUUAAUUUUCUCUCUCUCUAAAAAAUCCUACAUUUUUUUCUUUCUAUUAAUAAUAAAAUAGUUGCCCAACCGCCAGCGCUGAUUGGCGAAAAUAAGCGAUGGCGCCCCGUCUCUGGACCUGUUUCGGGAACAAGGGGAGUCGCGAGGGCGCGGAAGGAAACAUAACAUCAGACAUUACAACGGAAGAGCAGAGACGCGACGGACCAGUGGUGGUGGAGAUGUUUUCAUCGCAGGGCUGUGCAACGUCUCCGGCGGCGGAGUUGGUUUUGUCGCGGUUGGGGAGAGGUGAUUUUCAGCUUGAAAUUCCGGUGGUUGUGUUGGUGUUCCACGUGGAUUAUUGGGAUUAUAUGGGUUGGAAGGAUCCUUUUGGAUCAAGUCAAUGGACCGUAAGACAGAAGGGUUAUGUUGAAGCACUUGGGCUUGAUACAUUGUUGACUCCUCAAGUUAUUGUUCAAGGUGUGGCACAUUGUGUUGGUAAUGACGAGAAUGCCCUCAUUGAUGCUAUUACCCGUGCUCCUAGAUACCCUGCUCCUUCUUUCCAGGCAACAUUCACAAGGCCUACUCAAGAUUCUCUGCAAGUGUCACUAACAGGAACAUUAAGAAACGAGGUUGAAAGUAAUGGUGUGAAUAUCAUGGUAGCCUUAUACGAAAAUAGUUUAGUUACCGACUGUCCAAGAGGAGAGAACAAAGGGCGUGUUAUGUCAAACGAUUAUGUCGUUAGAAAGCUCGAAAAGCUUGGAACUGAAAAAGACAUAUCUGCUAAAAAGAAAGUAACAGGAACUGUUAAUUUUCCAUUGUGGGGAGGUUUCAACAGCAGCAAAUGUGGUGUGGCUGUUUUUGUUCAAAGCAACUCUCACCAGAUUCUUGGAUCACAGAGUUUUCAGCUUCCAGAUGAUAUAUGAUAUCAUAUGAUAAUGUUGAUUUGUUAUUUUAAUUUGUUCUGCAUAUACAAUCAUAUUCAAGUUACUUUAUGUAAGUUCCUAUUAAUUAGUUGUGUUUUCGGAGAAUGUGUUGUUUCUGUUUUCUUUUCACUCUUGUUUGUCCUACCUUACUAUUACUAUUGAAUAUAUACCUAAGAGAUUGAGUGAUAAAUUUGGAAUUG